UUGGGAGCUCCGGAAACUUUUCUUUCCUCUUCAUUUUUUGUUUUGAGUCUUUUGCUUGCAAUCUCUUAGCUAUACUACACCAUUUUCAAUGUUAUGAACAAUUCCAUAAUUUCUAUAUUCAAUACAAUUCAUACAAAAAUUAUAUGAAAAUACCAACAAAAUUAUUCAUUCCUUGAAGGUUUUUGGCUACAAGGUGAUUGAAAUAUCAAGCGAAAGAAAAACUGUUUGAUUUGAUAUGAUGGCUCCAAGCAAAUUCAGAAGAGCCAUUGGGGCAGUAAAGGACCACACAAGCAUAGGGUUAGCCAAAGUUGGCAGCAGCAACUCAUUAUCUGAUCUUGAUGUCGCCAUUGUUAAGGCAACUCGACACGAAGAACAUCCCGCAGAAGAACGAUACGUUCGAGAAAUACUAAGCCUAACCUCGUAUUCACGCGCAUACAUCAGCGCCUGUGUCAACACCCUUUCGAGGCGCCUCAACAAGACUCGGAACUGGACUGUGGCGUUAAAGACGCUUAUACUUAUCCAACGGUUGCUUGGUGAGGGAGAUCCCGCGUAUGAGCAAGAGAUUUUCUUCGCGACGAGGAGAGGCACGCGAUUGCUUAACAUGUCGGAUUUUUGUGAUGGUUCGCGAUCGAAUUCAUGGGAUUAUUCGGCAUUUGUUCGGACUUUUGCAUUGUACCUUGAUGAAAGGCUGGAGUAUAGGAUGCAAGGACGUAGAGGGAGAAGAAGUGCAUUUGGAAUUGAGGAAGACGAAGAAGAGGCCACGUCAUCCACGUAUGUGAGGUCUACUCCUAUUCGCGAGAUGAAGACGGACCAUGUUUUCUCCAGGAUUCAACAUUUACAGCAGCUUCUUGAGCGUUUCUUGGCUUGUCGUCCUACAGGUGCAGCAAAGAAUAAUAGAGUUGUGAUUGUUGCUCUAUACCCAAUCGUGAAAGAAAGUUACCAAUUAUAUUACGACGUAACAGAGAUCUUGGGCAUCUUAAUUGACCGAUUCAUGGAGCUAGAGAUUCCCGACUCGAUCAAAGUUUACGACAUCUUCUGUCGAAUCUCCAAACAAUUUGAAGAACUCGACAAUUUCUAUACAUGGUGCAAGACUAUUGGCAUUGGACGAUCUUCGGAGUAUCCAGAAGUCGAAAAAAUUACGCAUAAAAAGCUCGAUCUCAUGGAUGAUUUUAUCAAAGAUAAAUCCGCACUGGCUCAAACCAAAAAAUCUCUAACAUUUGAACAGAAGAUGAAAGAAUUAUCUAAGAAACCAGCAGAAGAAAAUGAAGUUGACAUGACCGAAAUGAAGGCAUUGCCGCCUCCCGAGGGUUUUCUUGCGGAAGAAGUAACACAGGAUCCUGAUGUAAAAGUUGAUAAGCAAGAUGAAGAACAAAUACUCACUACUGUUACUCCAAAAGAGGUCGAUUUGUUGAACUUAAGUGAAGGCGCAGUGUCGAUUGUAGAUCACGAAAACCAAUUCGCUUUAGCUUUAUUUGAUGGAGGAGGCGGAGGAGGAGAUCCAGGAACUGACACACCGCCGCCAUGGGAGGCGUUCGGUGAUGAUACCAAGGACUGGGAGACAGCUUUAGUUCAGUCCGCGAGUCAUUUGGCGAAUCAAAAGGCGACACUUGGGGGUGGUUUGGAUAUGAUGUUGCUUGAUGGCAUGUAUCAACAAGGGGUAACAAAUGCAGUUGUGGGUUAUACAGGAAGUGAUAGUAGUGUUGCUCAUGGAUCAUCCGCCGGAAAGCAGGCAAUGCUAGCAUUGCCCGCUCCACCGACGGAAGACGGCGGUGGUAGUAAUAACAAUAAUGCAGACCCAUUUGCAGCUUCGCUUGUCGUUGCUCCGCCGCCGUAUGUGCAAAUAUCGGACAUGGAGAAGAAGCAAAAGCUAUUGGUAGAAGAGCAACUUAUGUGGCAGCAAUAUGCUAGGGACGGUAUGCAAGGACAAGUUGGUAUGGUUAAACUGCAACCCAAUUCAUUUAAUAUGGGAAGUUAUACUAAUGGAUGAAUUUAUCUAUAUAUAUAUGGUAAUGUAAGACCUUCCUAUUUCAUACUACGAAGCUCAAUUUUGUAAUUAUUAAACUUAGAAUUCACACUUACUUUAGUUUACGUCAAACAAACAAAUGUACGUACCCAGAUCAUGCAUUAUUAUUUAAAUCAGUUGUAUAUCACUGAAUUUUGAAUAUGAUCUUUUUGUUUC